AUGGUGUUCGAGCCGUUCCUGAAUCAGUACCAACAGGAAACGUCCAUUUGUUCGCCGAGGGGUGUGUCGGCCGUACUCGACGAGGCGGCCGACGGGUUCGUCAAGUCGGAGGCCGUGUGCUGUCUAUUCCUACAGCGACGCCGGGAUGCGCGCCGUAACUACGCUCACGUACGCAGUGCUCGCAUUAAUAUCGACGGAUACAAAAAGAUGGGCAUGUUUUUCCCAUCGAGUGAGGCCCAGGAACAAUUGAUGAGAUUGUCGUACGAGAAAGCUAAUGUCGAUCCUCGUGACAUCACUUAUUUUGAAUGUCACGCCACAGGCACCAAGGCCGGAGAUCCCCAAGAAAUCAAAGCCAUUUACAACGUGUAUUGCAAAGAUAUCGGCCGUACGACUGAGUUGCCUAUAGGCGCUCUCAAGAGCAAUAUGGGUCACGCAGAGGCCGGUUCAGGGGUCGCCGGAGUCAUCAAAGUAUUGAUUUCCUAUGAAAACGAAUGCAUUCCUCCGAACAUUAACCUCAACACUAUUAAGGAUGAAAUCGCUCAGUAUUUCCCACCAUUGCUG